UCAUAGGAAAUGGCGGGAAAAUACAUUAAUGCAAUCAAUCGAUUACUGGUUUUACUUUCGGAAUCAGAAGAACAAAAAGCUAAGAGACUAUAAAUCAUCCAUAAAAUUAUCAGUAUACAAGACACUGGAAUACAGRUCCUUAGUUUUUAUUCAUAAGCCAAGGAAUAAGAGUUUUAAUCCGUGGAGUGAAAGAGUUUUCAAAUGAGUUCAAGAGGAAAGCGCAAAGCGACUAGUCAGGCUAAGUCCAAAGGAGAAGCAGAUUCCAAGAGACCCAAGUCGGCUGCUUCUAUGAAGCCACGGCGUCCUAAAGGCAUGGUAGAAGUACCUUCUGGGACGGUACUCACAGACCUCACCAAGAAAAAAUGGAAGCUUGGAAAAUUGAUUGGAUGGGGAGGAUUUGGUGCACUGUAUUUAGCAAGUCCAGAUUGUGGUGAACCAGUAGGCGAGGAUGCUGAGAAUGUCAUUAAGAUUGAGCCUCAUGCAAAUGGCCCACUCUUUACUGAACUGGCAUUUUAUCAAAGAGUAGCAAAGCCUGACAACAUCAGUAGUUGGAUGAAGACGAAAAAACUAAAGCAUCUUGGCGUUCCUUUGUACCUUGGUUCAGGUGCGGUGGAACAUGACAAUGCCAAGAUGAGGUUUUUAGUAAUGGAGAGGUAUGACCAGGAUGUUGAUCAAAUAUUUCAGCAUCACAACCGUCGGUUUGACGUCAAGACUGUCUUGAUGCUGGGGUUAAGAAUUCUUGAUAUUCUAGAAUAUAUCCAUGAAAAUGAAUAUGCACAUGCAGACAUCAAAGGGUCCAAUCUGAUGAUGGGAUACUCCAAGGGCAAGAAGGAUCAGGUCUAUUUGCUUGAUUAUGGGCUGACAUUCAGGUUCAAUCCAAAUGGAGAGCACAAGGAGUACAAAGAAGAUCCAAAGAGAAAACAUGACGGCACAGUGGAAUUUGCCAGCAUAGAUGCACAUAAAGGAGUUGCUCCAUCAAGAAGAUCAGAUUUAGAAAUUCUUGGUUAUGUUAUGUUACAAUGGUUGUGUGGAAGACUACCCUGGGAAGAUAAGCUAUCUGACAAGGAGUAUGUCAAGAACCAGAAGAUAAGGUACAUGGAUAACAUACCUCAGCUUAUCAAAGUAUGUCUUCCUUCUGGAGAAAGCUCAGAGGUCCAACAGUUCCUAGAAUAUGUCAAGAAUCUUGAAUACGACCAAAGACCAGACUAUGGCAAAAUUCGGCAGAUUUUUCAAAACGGGUUAAAGAAACGAAAAGCUAGUGAUGAUGGAAGGAGUGUUAUAUUUACCCAAUCUGCUGGAACUACAGCCAAUGGAACCCAUGAAAUGAAGGAUGCUUCGAAAAAGAAAACUGCAACCAAGAAACAAAAAGUCGUAAAAGCAUCAGACAUAUCAGACGAUGAAGAACCAAUCCCGGCCAAAAAACCUCGAUCGCGCGCAUUGCCAAAAUCCACCAAGAAAAGCAAAGACACCGAAACGAUUCUCUCCAGUUCUGAUGAAGAAGAACGGACCGCUCUAGCAAAGCGAAGUUCUCCAAAGAAAACAAAAGCAAAAUCUUCUCCAAGAUCGCCCAGGAAAGUUACUAGCGCACCUGCUGUUGUUUCUCGUGUAAAACCAACAAAAGAAGAAGAUAAACCGGUCCGAAAACUUCGUGGAAGACCAAAGAAAACGCCAACAUAUGUAGAUAUGGCGACGUCGCCAAUCGUUUUCAAAGACUAGUAAGAACUUGCUCCUUAGAGUAAUUAGUAUUUUAGGAUGAACGUUGAGAUUUGGAAAAAAGACGGGUGUUAGUGACUAUAAUUCCCACUAUAUGAUGUGGUUGAGUGAGAAAAGCCAUUUAAGUGAAACUGAGUGUUGACAUUCCCAUUUAAAGCCACUUAAGUGUAACUAAGGGUUGACAUUCCCAUGGAAAGCCAUUUAGGUGUAACUAAGGGUUGACAUUCCCAUGGAAAGCCAUUUAGGUGUAACUGAGGGGAGGACAUUCCAACGGAAAGCUAUUUACCAAAUGAAAAUAAACACCGAUUAGGAAGCCAUUAAAUUGUCGCGCUUAAGGCAUGAUUUACAGAAAUCAUCGCUCAUUUCCUCUUUAUUCGAGCAGAAAGUGAUACACUAAUAGACUCCUUGCGUUUUAGGGGAAAAAAAUAUUCAAAACCGCAGGAAUUGAGGAUUCACUAAGACAGGGAUACCAAAAAACUAUUUUUUGUAACAUUUCAUCUUAAAUGUAUAUCCAUUGUAUUAUCAGAGUAUUUAUUUGAUAACAUCUUUUCAUUUUCACAAGACAAGAAUGCUUUCAACUGAUUUGAGUUUAAUAAAAAGUUUCAAAGGUUUUUUAACGUA